AUGGCACAGAUUGCAACAUUGGUUCAGAUGCUAUUAAUUCCACUGCUUCAUGAUUACAUCUCUGCUGAAGAUGGGGAAACAAGAGCAAGUUGCAGAACUGCUCCAGCUGAUUUAGUUUUUAUCUUAGAUGGCUCUUACAGUGUUGGACCAGAAAACUUUGAAAUAAUUAAAAGCUGGCUUGUCAAUAUUACAAGAAAUUUUGACAUAGGGCCAAAGUUUAUUCAAGUUGGAGUUGUCCAGUACAGCGAUUACCCUGUACUUGAAAUUCCCCUUGGAACUCAUGAAUCCACUGAAAACCUCAUCAGGGAAAUGGAGUCCAUACACUAUCUGGGAGGGAAUACAAGAACAGGAAGAGCUAUUCAGUUUGCCUUUGAUCAUCUUUUUGCAAAAUCUUCAAGAUUUUUAACAAAAAUAGCAGUUGUUCUCACUGAUGGAAAGUCCCAAGAUGAAGUCAAGGAUGUAGCAGCAGAAGCAAGGAAAAAUAAAAUCACUUUGUUUGCUAUUGGUGUUGGCUCAGAAAUUGAGGAGGAUGAACUCAAAGCCAUUGCCAACAAACCGUCAUCAACUUAUGUAUUUUAUGUUGAAGAUUAUAUUGCAAUAUCAAGAAUUAAAGAAGUUAUAAAGCAGAAACUCUGUGAAGAAUCUGUUUGUCCAACAAGAAUUCCAGUGGCAGCUCGAGAUGAAAAGGGAUUUGACAUCCUUGCUGGGUUAGGUGUGAAGAAAAAGGUUAAGAAGAGAAUUAAGAUACCGACCACUAAUGCAAAAGCUUAUGAAGUAACCUCACAUAUUGACCUGUCAGAACUGACCAGGGAUGUUUUUCCAGAAGGUCUGCCUCCAUCCUAUGUGUUUGUUUCCACUCAAAAGUUUAAGGUAAAAAAGACAUGGGAUUUGUGGAGAAUUUUAAGUCUGGAUAAGAGACCACAGAUAGCAGUCACUAUUAAUGGAGAAGAGAAAACCUUAUCAUUCACUACAACAAGCUUAAUAAAUGGCACACAAAUUAUUACUUUUGCUGCACCUCAAGUAAAGACGUUGUUUGAUGAAGGUUGGCAUCAAAUUCGUCUCCUAGUAACAGAAGAAGAUGUAACUUUGUAUAUAGAUGAUGAAGAAAUUGAAACAAAGCCAUUACAUCCUGUUUUAGGUAUUUACAUCAGUGGCCUAACCCAAAUAGGAAAAUAUUCUGGAAAGGAGGAAACUGUACAGUUUGAUAUACAAAAACUGCGAAUCUACUGUGACCCAGAGCAAAAUAAUCGAGAAACAGUCUGUGAGAUCCCAGGAUUUAAUGGAGAGUGCAUGAACGGCCCUAGUGAUGUAGGCUCAACCCCUGCACCCUGUAUAUGCCCACCAGGAAAACAAGGUCCCCCAGGUCCCAAAGGUGAUCCUGGGCAGCCUGGGAAUCAUGGUUAUCCUGGUCAGCCUGGUACAGAUGGUAAGCCUGGAUAUCCGGGAUCAGCAGGAACUCCGGGUAUCCCAGGAACUCCAGGGGUUCAAGGACCACGUGGCUUGCCAGGUAUUAAGGGAGAGCCAGGGAAAGAUGGGGAUAAGGGUGACCGUGGACUACCUGGCUUUCCUGGAUUGCAUGGGAUGCCAGCACCAAAGGGGGAAAGGGGUCCUAAAGGAGAUCAAGGAAUGCCAGGAAUAUAUGGAAAAAAGGGUUCGAAAGGAGAGAAAGGUGACAUGGGGUUUCCAGGAAUGCCUGGGCGAUCCGGUGACCCUGGCAGAAGUGGGAAAGAUGGAUUGCCAGGAAGUCCUGGUUUCAAGGGAGAAGUCGGACAGCCUGGAUCUCCAGGCCAGGAAGGCCAUCGUGGAGAGCCCGGAAUUCCUGGAAUCCCUGGAAAUCAAGGAGCAAAAGGACAAAAGGGUGAAAUUGGACAACCGGGUCUCCCAGGAGCAAAAGGAUCACCAGGAGAUACUGGUUUGAUGGGACCAGAAGGCUCAUUUGGUCUACCUGGGGCUCCUGGGCCUAAGGGUGAUAAAGGGGAACCUGGAAUACAGGGGAAAACAGGAUCAUCAGGAGCCAAGGGAGAACGAGGAGUACCAGGUGCUCCAGGUGAACCAGGCUACCCAGGCAUUCCUGGUAUCCAGGGUAUAAAGGGGGACAAAGGAAACCAAGGUGAAAGUGGUAUCCAGGGACUGAAAGGAGAAAAAGGAAGACAAGGAAAUCCAGGUUUACAGGGAGUAGGAGGAUUGAGUGGAGAACGAGGAGAGAAAGGUGAAAAAGGAGAUCCAGGCAUUCGAGGAAUCAAUGGGCAAAAAGGAGAAUCUGGUAUCCAGGGUUUGGUUGGACCUCCUGGUCUCAGAGGUCAGCCAGGAGAUAGAGGACUCCCAGGACCACCUGGAUCAGAUGGAAAACCUGCACGAGAAUUUUCAGAAGAAUUUAUUCGACAGGUGUGUUCAGAUGUACUGAGAACCCAGUUGCCCGCUAUCCUCCAGAGUGGAAGGCUGCAAAACUGUAACCACUGCCAAUCCCAAAGUGCUUCUCCGGGACUUCCAGGACCACCAGGUCCAAGAGGCCCUGAAGGCCCAAGAGGAUUUCCUGGUUUACCAGGCAGUGAUGGUGUUCCAGGGCUGACAGGCAUCCCAGGUCGCCCUGGAGCUCGUGGGACAAGAGGACUGCCAGGGAAGAAUGGUGCAAAAGGCAACCAAGGAAUUGGAGUUCCUGGCAUCCAAGGCCCACCUGGACCACCAGGUCCUGAAGGUCCACCAGGUAUGAGUAAGGAGGGACGUCCUGGAGAGCGUGGGCAUCCUGGAAAAGAUGGAGAUCGUGGCAGUCCAGGAAUGCCAGGACCAGUUGGACCUCCUGGAAUUUGUGACCCAUCAUUAUGUUUUAGUGUAAUUGUUGGGAGAGAUCCAUUUAGAAAGGGACCAAAUUAUUAA